AUGACGAAGGGAUAUCUAAUGAACAACCUCAUCGAGAAGAUGCAGUCGCCAGACCAGGACUUUCGGUUCAUGGGAUUGAACGACUUGAUGACAGAGAUCAAGCAAGAUCCGACAUCCUUUCAGGGAGAUGAGACCGUCGAGAACAAAGUGCUAAACCAGGUGCUAGCACUCGUAGAGGACAAGAUAUCUGAAGUCAAGAAUCAAGCUGUGAAAUGUCUCGGGCAAUUGAUCAAAAUCCUGCGCCAGCAUCAAAUGGAAAAUGUGGUGGACAAGUUGAUUGAUUUUUCUGGAGGCAAAGAUGAAGAACUUCGCGACAUUUCGGGACUAGCUUUGAAGACCAUUACAGCGGAGCUGCCUCCAGAUGGCAAGAUCGCAGCAACUGCUUGUGCUAAAUUGACUCCCAAGUUACUCGGACAAAUCACGAGCCCAACUACGCCCCCAGAAGCUCUCGUCGAAACACUGUCAAUUCUUUCGAUUCUCAUCAGCCGUUUCCCCAACAAUCUUGCAAAUGCAACUUUCUCGCCGCCACCUCUAACAGCUCUGGCACCUCUCCUUGACCACCAGCGUCCUGUUGUCAGAAAGCGCGCGAUCAUUACCCUCUCCCAGUUCAUCCCCAUUUCGCAGGCUGCUUUAUUCACAGAACUACUGAAGACAAAAGUACUACCGAACUUGGCACCCUCUGCAAGCCUUGAGAAGCAGAGAACCACUGUCCAGUUAAUCGCAGCUGUUGCGCGUCAUUCGCCAACCCAAAUCGCACCUGUCUUGAGCGACAUUGUACCUGGUAUUUUGAAAUCUAUCCAGAAGGAUGACGAGGAAUUGAGGGAAGGUUCACUCCAAGCGCUGGAGGCCCUUUUGCUCAGAUGUCCGACCGAAAUUACGCCUUAUUUGAGCUCGAUCAUCCAGGCUGGUAACCAGUUCAUUAAGUACGACCCGAACUAUGCUGGCGGAGACGACGAAGAUGAAGAAAUGGCGGACGCUGAUGAAGAUGACGACGACGAGGAGGCAGACGAGUACUCCGACGAUGAAGACACUUCAUACAAAGUUCGCCGCUCUGCUACCAAAUUGCUUGCGGCGCUGGUGGGCACACGCCCUGAGCUCCUCACCUCCAUUUACAAAGAUGUGUCUCCGGUACUCAUCUCCCGCUUCGGAGAUCGUGAGGAGACGGUUCGCCUGGAAGUAUGGGCGACAUAUGUUAUCCUUCUCAACCAAACUGGGGUUUACGGAGGUUUCCCUCAAAACAAAGACGAUGGCACCCCUCGCGGAAAGCGAAAGCGUGACACCGAGCAGACCAUGGACUUGGAAGAAACUCCUUAUACCCUACUCAAAUCUCAGGUCCCAGCCUUGUCAAAAUCUCUCCUCAAUCAGUUAAAGUCGUCCAAGACCUCUCCUGCAACGCUACAGGCUGGGUUCAGUCUCCUACAUGCUCUUUUAUCUGUGCUCCCUGGGUCUUUGCCGACCCAAGUUCCUUUGAUUUUCUCGACGUCCAAGACCAUUCUCGCUCAGGCACCAACGACCUCUACUUCAACCCUUCAUUUGACUACUCUUUCUUUCCUGGCAUUGUUCUUUUCCACUCAUGCAUCUUCUACAUUUGCUUCAUCCUUAUCAACUCUCACGCCUGUACUCCUCCAGUCCCUGGGCGAAAGACACCCAAGAAUCGCUUCAGAGUCUUUCAAGGUCUUUUCGGCGCUGUUGACGGCAUUGAAGCCCGUUAAGCCUGCUGACUGGGUGGACCGUGUUUAUGAUCAAGCAUUGGUUAGGUUGAGCAACCACGACACUGAUGCGGAAGUAAGAGCGUGCGCGGAAGAUUGUAUUGGCGAUUUGUGGAUCUGCGCGACGGAUACUGUUCAAGGCAAAGGCAGGAAAGAGUGGGAGUUUAUCUGUAGGAGCUCUGGGAAAACUGGAGGCGCGGUUAAAGUCAUUACUAAAGUUGCGAGGGAAGUGCGGGUUGGAGAUGAUUGGGUGAAUGGGUGUGUUGAAUGGCUCAUGGGUUUGUUGAAGAAGAGCAGCAGGCUUGGGAAAGCAGAGGUUUUCGGUGCUUUGGAUGUUUUGUUGAACAGUUACUCGGCUGGCAUCCCAGCAUCAUUGCCAGCCGUUCUUGUUCCCCAAGUCAAAGCCUACAUCGCCACCUCCGAUAUCUCACUUCUUUCACAAGCCCUCAUCAUUCUCGCCAUUCUCCUCGAAGUCUCACCCCAAACCACAUUCCCAGAAAUCGAGCAUGAUCUCUUGAAUGAAAUCUACGCAGUCUCUCACUCACCCCUUGUGUCUGGUGCAGCAUUGGACUCUCUCUUCCGGUUCUUCGCUUCUUUAGUGUCAGCCGACAACCAGAUCGCCACGCACCUCGUUCCAAACUUGGCCAUUUCUUCGGAGAAGGCGCCCAAGGCAGAAAACAGCCCAGCGAAUGUGGCGAAGUGCAUUGCUCAGGUGGUCAAGUAUUCUCAGGGUGUCGCGGCUGGUACCAUUGCAGAGUACUCGAAGAACUUGAGGAAAGAGAGCAAGGCCAAACCUUCCCUCGUUGUCCUGAGUCUUUUGAUAAUCGGAGAACUUGGUCGUGUCAUAGAUAUGUCACCGCAAAGGGAUCUAUUCUCUAACGUUAUCGACCACUUCGCCUCUGAUCAGGAAGAAAUGCGUUCAGCGGCUGCGUUUGCUGCUGGAAACAUCGCGAUUGGUAACUUGCAACAAUACCUGCCCGCGAUCAUCAAGAUGGUAGAAAGCGAUCCUAAGAAACGUUUGCUGGCGUUACACGCUUCCAAGGAGGUUGUUACGCACUGUCCGCAAGGCCAACUCGAAGGUGUUGCGGACCUUUUAUGGGUGCCCCUCUUUGAGAACUCUCAGAACGCCGAGGAGACAACGAGGAACGUGGCUGCUGCAUGUCUUGGGAAACUUGCAACUACCCAUCCCUCUAGGUACCUGCCACAGCUCCAUGCCCGUAUCCGGGAUAGCAAUCCCUCGACUAGAGCCACUGUUGUGUCUGCCAUCCGCUACACCUUUGCUGAUGCGUCACAAUCGUACGACGAACUCCUUGCCCCUCUGCUCGUGGACUUCCUUUCUUCGAUGGUGGAUGAAGAUUUGACCGUCCGUCGACUUGCUUUGUCUUCGCUCAACUCUGCAGCACGCAGUAAACCUCAUCUCGUCCGAGAUCAUCUCACAGCCCUCCUUCCGAACCUAUACAAGGAGACGUACGUCAACCCUGAUUUGGUCAGGACUGUGCAGAUGGGCCCGUGGACGCACAAGGUGGACGAUGGUCUCGAGACGAGGAAGACCGCUUAUGAAACCAUGUACACCCUGCUCGAUACAUGUCUCAAUAAGCUCGACCUCCACGAAUUCUUGGGGCGCGUUUUGCCUGGCUUAUCUGACGACUCGGACGAGAUCAAGGUUAUCUCCCACAUGAUGCUCUUCCGCCUAUCACAAGUAGCUCCCGCGGCCGUCUCCCAGAGGCUGGACGAGGCUACCCCACAACUUGAGAAGACGAUGAAGGGCGCUACUGUGACGAAAGAUACUGUCAAGCAGGAUCUUGAGAGAGCGGCUGAGCUACAGAGGAGUGCUUUGAGGGCUGUGGCUGCCCUCAGUAAAAUUGGUGCUGGUGUCAGUCCCAAGUUUGACGCAUUUGUUGAGGAAAUCACUAGGAACCCGAGUUGGGGGAAUGAGUUCAGGGAGCUUGUUGGACAGUAG